CUGGCGCGUACAGUCGGAAGCUCGAGUUCGUUGCUUUGACGCUGUCAUGGCGGCGCGAAGCUGAGACGAACGAGGAAACGAUUCCAGCCGUUAGUCCGCCAGACACUGACCGUUUUGUUUUUAAAGCCGAACUCCACAGUGCACAAGCUGCGAAUUUGCCAGAGUGGAGGGAGGGGGCCAAGGACAGACAGAGGAGCAGCAGCUCUCUCUCGCCCGAGCAGGCUGAGUGUAGCCACCGGACCCGAUCCGAGCCUGCAUUCUAGUUGAAGUUGUCUGCCGGUGGCUGUUUUCUAGCAUCUUCUGUCUCCUUUUUCCUUCUCCUUUGGGAAAAUCGCCAUGUCCAACGAGGAUGGAAACCCGCAGCUCGCGGACUCUGGGGGAGGCCAACCUGUACCGGCACCAGAGGAGCAGGCGGCGGACAAGGGUCAUGUCUCUCUCCCCGCCACCACCAAAACCUCGCCGGCUGGUGAUGCAACUGUUUCCUUGGGCCUCAAUCCGCCUGUACCUAUACGAGGGAUCCGGAUGAAAUUCGCCGUGCUGCAAAGCCUUUUACAAGCCGGUGAAGUGACUAAUCGAGACAUCGUGGAAACCAUAUUUAACCUGCUUGUAGGAGGACAAUUUGAUUUGGAGAUGAAUUUCAUCAUCCAAGAUAUGGAAAGUAUUGCCUGCAUGAUGGAACUAUUGGACAACUGUGAUGUGACCUGCCAGGCUGAAGUUUGGAGCAUUUUCACAGCAGUUUUGAAAAAAAGUAUUCGUAAUCUACAGGCCUGCACCGAUGCUGGAUUGAUUGAACUUGUUCUCAAGAGAAUUGAUAGAGUUAACAAUAUGAUAGCAGAUCUGCUGGUUGAUAUGUUAGGAGUUCUGGCGAGUUACAAUAUAACUGUCCGUGAACUGAAACUACUGGUUAGCAAAGUACAAGGAGAAAAAGGACAAUGGCCUCCACAUGCAGUGAAAUUACUGACCAUACUGAGACAGGUGCCACAAAAACUGAGUCCUGAUGCUUUCUUCAGCUUCCCUGGGAAGAGUGCUGCGGCGAUAGCUUUGCCUCCAAUUGCUAAGUGGCCCUAUCAGAGUGGCUUCACCUUCCACACAUGGCUCAGAAUGGAUCCUUUGAACAAUAUCAAUGUUGAUAAAGACAAACCUUACUUAUACUGCUUUCGUACCAAUAAAGGACUUGGAUAUUCUGCUCAUUUUGUUGGUGGUUGUUUGAUUGUGACAUCAAUAAAAUCAAAAGGAAAAGGAUUCCAACAUUGUGUAAAGUAUGACUUCAAACCACAGAAGUGGUACAUGGUGACUAUAGUGCAUAUCUACAAUCGUUGGAAAAACAGUGAGAUCCGGUGCUAUGUGAAUGGCGAGCUAGCCUCUUUUGGAGAGAUCACAUGGCUUGUGAAUACCAGUGACACGUUUGACAAAUGUUUCCUGGGAUCUUCGGAAACAGCAGAUGCGAAUCGAGUAUUCUGUGGGCAACUUGGAGCAGUUUAUGUCUUUGCUGAAGCUCUAAAUGCAGCACAGAUAUUUGCAAUAUAUCAACUUGGCCCUGGAUAUAAGGGUACUUUCAAAUUCAAGGCAGAAAGUGACCUCCUACUUGCUGAGCACCACAAGUCACUGCUCUAUGAUGGCAAGCUGUCUAGUAGCAUUGCAUUCACAUACAAUCCAAAGGCUACAGAUGCUCAGCUCUGUCUAGAAUCAUCCCCGAAGGAUAAUCCAUCUAUUUUUGUUCAUUCUCCACAUGCUCUAAUGCUUCAGGAUGUCAAAGCUGUUGUAACACAUUCUGUACAAAGUGCCAUACAUUCCAUUGGUGGUGUCCAGGUGCUUUUCCCAUUGUUUGCACAGCUUGAUUAUUGUCAGCAUUCUUCCGACCAGGUUGAUAGCACUGUUUGUUCCACAUUGUUGGCAUUUAUAAUGGAGUUACUGAAGAACUCAGUGGCUAUGCAAGAGCAAAUACUCUCUUCUAAGGGCUUUCUUGUCAUUGGGUUUAGCCUUGAAAAGUCUUCCAAAGUUCAUAUCACCAGAGCUGUAUUGGAGCUGUGUUUGGCUUUUGCCAAAUAUUUGAGUAACUUGCAGAAUGGUGGCCCUCUACUCAAACAGUUAUGUGAUCAUAUUCUUCUGAAUCCUGCUAUAUGGAUCCAUGCUCCAGCCAAGGUUCAGUUGCAGCUCUACACCUACUUGUCAACUGAGUUUAUUAGUACAGCCACUAUUUAUAAUGCAGUCCGAAGAGUUGGUACCGUGUUGCAGAUAAUGCAUACACUGAAAUACUAUUAUUGGGUAGUGAAUCCUCAAGAUCGCAGUGGGGUUGUUCCCAAAGGCCUGGAUGGACCCAGACCAAACCAAAAGGAGAUUCUCUCCUUGCGAGCUUUCUUGCUAUUGUUUGUGAAACAGUUGAUAAUGAAGGAUCAUGGAAUUAAGGAAGAUGAACUGCAGAGUAUUCUUAACUACCUUCUCACCAUGCAUGAGGAUGACAAUUUAAUGGAUGUUCUGCAGCUUCUUGUAGCUCUGAUGUCUGAGCACCCAGGCUCUAUGAUUCCUGCUUUUGAUCAGAGGAAUGGAAUGCGGAUCGUCUAUAAAUUGCUGGCUUCAAAAAAUGAAGGAAUAAGAGUGCAAGCUUUGAAAGUGUUGGGAUACUUUCUGAAACAUCUUGCUCCGAAGCGUAAGGCUGAAGUCAUGCUUGGACAUGGUUUGUUCUCCUUGCUGGCAGAAAGGUUGAUGUUACACACCAACAUAAUUACCAUGACUACAUAUAAUGUCUUAUUUGAGAUCUUGACUGAGCAGAUUUGUACUCAAGUUGUACAUAAGCAGCACCCUGACCCAGAUUCGUCAGUGAAGAUACAAAACCCACAAAUAUUGAAAGUGAUUGCAACACUGUUGAGGAACUCUCCUCAGCUUUUAGAGACUAUGGAGGUUCGCCGUGUUUUCUUAUCUGAUAUGAUCAAACUCUUCAACAACAGCCGAGAAAACAGGAGGAGUUUACUGCAGUGUUCAGUGUGGCAAGAGUGGAUGUUAUCUCUUUGCUAUGUCAGCACUAAGAAUUCUGAAGAACAAAAAAUAACUGAGAUGGUGUACGCUAUCUUCCGGAUAUUGCUUUAUCAUGCAAUAAAGUAUGAGUGGGGUGGCUGGCGUGUCUGGGUGGAUACGCUUUCAAUUACACAUUCAAAGGUCACCUAUGAAAUCCACAAGGAGAGUUUAGCCAGAAUGUUUGAAGAGUACCAAAGACAAGAUGAAAGCAGAAAACAAGCUUUGACCAUUCAAACCAUCUCUGAGGUUAGCAGCACACAAAAAGCCACGGUUCAGAAAGAUAUUAUUGAGGUCAAAAGUGUACCUCAUGAUGAAAAUGUUGACAAAGAAUUAGAAAAAGCAGAAAUUUUCAAGCAAUUUGAAGGCGACCAGGAAACCAGAACUGUAAGCACAGAAAACUUAGAACAGACAGACAAAAUAAAAGAAGCAACUGUACCACCUCAUGGUCUUGAAAUAGAAAAGGUGGCAGCACAAGUUGAUCAGAUAUCAAAUAAACUACCAGAUUCUUUGGAAAGUUCCAAAGUGGAGAAAUCUGAAGUAACUGAAGUGUAUAUGGAUGAUUUGGACUGCUCAGCUGUAUCUUCCACUGGAUGUUCAGCUAGUUCAACACAGGUGUUCGUGGAGGAAAUUACUUCAGUUCCUUCACUGUCAGCCAAGGAGAAAAUAGCAAUAGAAAAUACUGCAAGUGAGCAAGAACAUAAUAUUGCACUAGAACUGUGUGAUCCAAAGGUUGAUGUGGUAGAAUAUUCAAGCAAUGGGGAGCAUGAGAACCUUAUAAAUAGUCAAGAGAACAGUGUCAUAGAACUUCAUGCCAUUUCUCAAGAACAAGAUAGUACUUCGACUUUUGCAUCCAAAGAGACUGCAAGCUGUCCAGAAGCAGUUUCAAAUAAUUCUGCAUCUGGACUACAGGAAGAGGUGGUCAAAGUGAGAAAAGAGAUGGAAAAAUUGCAAACAGAAUCGACUACUGAACCUUCAAAGCAGUUGGAUGGCCACACUGCUGAAACUAGCACUCAAAACAGUAAUAACCUAGAUAAAGACAUUGGAUCAACUGCCACAAAAACUAGAGAGUUGAGAGUCCCAUCUGUUAAAGAAAUUGCUAGACUGGAUGUGUCUAGUGUUGCAUCUGAUACUGAGAGGUUGGAACUUAGAGCAAGUAUAAGUCAAGAAUCUACAACUGUACCAAAGCCUCCCAUUCAGGUAUCACAAUCGGAACAUGGAAGUCAACAAGGCCUUGUAUCUGAUGAGCAGAGAAGAGGGUCUAAUCCUUCAACACGUACCUCCAUGUUUCGUAUUCCAGAAUUUAAAUGGUCUUCCAUGCACCAACGCUUGCUCAAUGAUUUGCUGUUUUCCAUAGAGACAGAUGUACAAAUGUGGAGAAGCCAUAACACAAAAACAGUGAUGGAUUUUGUUAACAGCAGUGAAAACAUCAUCUUUGUCCACAACACCAUUCACCUUGUCUCUCAGGUGGUAGAUAACAUCAUAAUGGCCUGCGGCGGGAUUCUCCCACUUCUGUCUGCAGCUACAUCUACCACACAUGAAUUGGAGAACAUUGAAGCAACACAAGGGCUGUCGUUUGAAACCUCCCUGACGUUUCUUCAGAGACUAAUAGGUCUUGUUGAUGUGCUGAUUUUUGCCAGCUCACUUAGCUUCACUGAAAUUGAGGCUGAAAAGAACAUGUCUAACGGAGGAAUAUUAAGGCAGUGUCUGCGUCUUGUGUGCGCUGUGGCAGUCAGAAACUGUUUGGAAUGUCAGCAAGUAUGCCGAGCAAAGGCUGGUGCUGUUAGCGCAAAAGCUCAAAAAACAAUGCAAAGCUUCAUUGGAAGUGCAAAGUCAACAGCCAAGAGUUCUAGUGAUGCUGUAACAGGUGGUAUUUCACCAAUAAGAGAUUAUGACCGAUUGUUGCAAGAUAUGGACAUCAAUCGACUUCGAGCAGUGGUAUUCAGAGAUGUUGAGGAUAGCAAACAAGCCCAGUUUCUAGCCUUGGCUGUGGUGUAUUUCAUCUCUGUAUUGAUGGUAUCAAAAUAUAGAGAAAUCCUGGAACCUCAGAAGGAAAGAAAGAUAUCCCGUAGUCAGUCUGCCAGAAGCACUGACAAUGCAGAUGGGACUACUUCAACCACAGGUGCAGAAGGUUCAUCAGGUAUAGCUGUUCCAGUGUCAAGUGAUGAUGCACCAAAUGUACCAAUUCGAAGAGACUCUGGUAUUGGAGAAGAACAGGUUUUAAGUUCGGCUACUGACUUGACUGCUGGGAAUGAGGCAAGGCCUGAGAUUGUGAGUGCUGGCCCAGAUGCAAUGAGUGAACUAUUGUCAACCCUUUCCUCAGAAGUGAAGAAGUCACAGUCACAAGAAAGUAAAGGCGAAAUUGCAAGUGAAUCUGAAAGUAAGACCACAUCCUCUAUAUCAUCUGGACCCCAAGGCAAAAAUGUCAGUGUGAAGGACAUUCUACGAAGUCUGGUGAAUACACCUGCAGAUAGUCUCGAAGCAGAUAUGGCACUUAUAGGCCCAGCCUUCUUAGGAGUUAUUGGAGAUGCAGCAGCAGAACCAUCUGUGCAAUUCCGUUCUUUUGACAGAAGUGUUGUAGUAGCUCCUAAAAAACCUCGGAUCGCUGUUGGAAGUGAAACAGUUACUUCUGCUACUACAGAUGCUGUUAGCGUGGUCUCCACCACUGACUCUGUGGAGGAUCCUGCUGUUGAACCUACAGGCGGUGGAACUUCCAACUCAAAACUGCCAUCUGUUCAAACUGUGUCCCCAAUGCCAGAGGACUCUGCAGCAAAUAUGAGUAUUACAGCAAGGCUCGAACGUGCCCUGGAGAAGACUGCGCCUCUUCUAAGGGAGAUUUUUGUGGAUUUUGCUCCUUUUCUUUCACGUACUCUUCUGGGCAGCCAUGGGCAAGAAUUGCUCAUUGAGGGUACAAGCUUGGUCUGUAUGAAAUCUAGCAGUUCUGUUGUGGAGUUGGUCAUGUUAUUGUGUUCUCAGGAAUGGCAGAACUCCAUUCAGAAAAAUGCUGGUCUUGCAUUUAUUGAGCUUGUUAACGAAGGAAGACUGCUAUGUCAUACCAUGAAAGACCACCUGGUGAGGGUAGCAAAUGAGGCUGAGUUUAUCCUGAGCAGACAACGGGCAGAGGAUAUACAUAGACAUGCUGAGUUUGAGUCUCUGUGUGCCCAGUAUUCAGCAGAAAGACGUGAAGAAGAAAAGAUGUGUGAUCACCUAAUAAGAGCUGCAAAGUAUCGAGAUCAUGUGACAUCCACUCAGCUGAUACAGAAGAUUAUCAACAUAUUGACAGACAAGCAAGGUGCUUGGGGAAGCUCUUCGCUAAGUCGUCCUCGUGAGUUCUGGCGCCUUGACUACUGGGAAGAUGACUUGCGGCGCCGCCGCCGAUUCGUUCGCAACUCAUUUGGAUCAACACAUCCUGAAGCAGCACUUAAAGCAGCAACUGAACACGGUUCUGAAGAAGAUGUGCUGGUUAAAGGCAGACAGUCCAUUCGAACCCAAGCUGUGGGCAACCAGAACUCCGAGAGCGAGAUUCUGCUGGAGGGAGACGACGACACGCUCACUUCACUGGAAGAGAAGGAGAUUGAUAACAUGGCGGGACCUGUGAAUUUCACCACUGCUGUCCAGCUCAUCGCUCCGGCUGUCGUUGCUAAGGGAACGCUGUCAAUCACUUCUUCCGAGCUCUACUUUGAGGUGGACGACGAUGAUCCCAGCUAUAAAAAACUAGACCCCAAGAUUUUGACAUACACUGAAGGACUUCAUGGAAAAUGGCUGUUCACCGAAAUCCGUGCUAUUUUCUCCAGGCGCUAUCUGCUGCAGAAUACUGCACUGGAAAUUUUUAUUGCCAAUAGAACUGCUGUCAUGUUCAACUUCCCAGACCAAGCUACAGUGAAGAAAGUUGUUCACUGUUUGCCCCGUGUUGGAGUUGGUACAGGUUUCGGGCUACCCCAAACCAGACGGAUCACCCUGGCUAGCCCCCGGCAACUUUUCAAAGCGUCCAAUAUGAUGCAGCGUUGGCAGCGGAGAGAAAUUUCCAAUUUUGAAUACCUCAUGUUCCUCAAUACAGUAGCUGGUCGGACUUACAAUGACUUGAAUCAGUAUCCAGUUUUUCCUUGGGUGAUAACUAAUUAUGAAUCAGAAGAGUUGGAUCUGACACUGCCAAGCAACUUCAGAGAUUUGUCCAAGCCUAUUGGAGCCCUUAACCCAAAAAGAGCAGCCUUCUUUUCGGAGCGCCAUGAAAGCUGGGAAGAUGAUCAAGUUCCUGCUUUCCACUAUGGGACUCAUUAUUCGACCAGUAGCUUCACUCUCGCAUGGUUGUUAAGAAUUGAACCAUUUACUACCUUCUUUCUAAACCUACAAGGAGGAAAAUUUGAUCAUGCUGACAGAACAUUUUCAGCGGUGUCCAGAGCUUGGCGGAACUGCCAGCGUGAUACCUCUGAUGUAAAGGAGCUGAUUCCUGAAUUUUAUUAUCUACCGGAGAUGUUUGUCAAUUCCAACAAUUACAACCUGGGUGUGAUGGAUGAUGGAACUGUGGUGUCUGAUGUAGAGCUUCCACUCUGGGCCAAAACUCCAGAAGAGUUUGUUCGCAUAAACAGACUGGCUCUAGAGAGCGAAUUUGUUUCCUGCCAGCUUCACCAGUGGAUUGAUCUGAUUUUUGGAUAUAAGCAGCAAGGACCUGAGGCUGUUCGAGGCCUUAAUGUCUUCUAUUACUUGACCUAUGAAGGAGCUGUCAACCUGAAUUCUAUCAGCGAUCCAGUACUAAGAGAGGCUGUUGAAGCCCAGAUCCGAAGCUUUGGUCAAACUCCUUCUCAACUUUUAAUAGAGCCACAUCCUCCCAGAAGCUCUGCCAUGCAAGUGACUCCUCUGAUGUUCACAGACCAGAUGCAGCAGGAUGUCAUCAUGGUACUUAAGUUCCCAUCCAACUCCCCAGUCACCCAUGUUGCUGCCAACACUCAGCUGGGCCUGGCUGUCCCAGCCAUUAUUACAGUAACUGCUAGCAGGCUGUUUGCUGUGAACAAGUGGCAUAAUGUUACCGGCCUUCAUGGAGCAAUGCAGGAACAGCCAUACCAGCUGCCAGUUGAAAUCGAUCCUCUGAUAGCUAAUAACACUGGAAUGCACAGAAGGCAAAUUACUGACCUCUUGGAUCAAAGCAUUCAGGUCAAUUCCCAGUGCUUCGUGAUCACUGCCGAUAACCGCUUCAUCCUGGUCUGUGGCUUCUGGGAUAAGAGUUUCCGUGUCUACUCCACCGACACAGGUAAAUUCACGCAAGUGAUUUUUGGACACUGGGAUGUUGUAACCUGUUUAGCCAGAUCUGAAUCGUACAUUGGAGGUGACUGUUACAUCCUGUCAGGGUCACGGGAUGCAACUCUGCUUCUCUGGUACUGGAAUGGGAAAAAUCACACCGUUGGAGAAUACCCAAACACUGAAUAUGCUGCUCCUCGGGCUAUCCUGACAGGCCAUGAUUGUGAGAUUAGCUGUGCUGCAAUAUGUGCAGAACUCGGUCUAGUUAUCAGUGGUUCAAAAGAGGGUCCAUGCUUAAUCCAUACAAUGAAUGGCGACCUCCUGAAAGCACUUGAGAGCCCUGAAAACUGCUUACAUCCUCGAUUAAUCCAGUUGUCUACUGAAGGCCACUGCAUUAUUUACUAUGAAAAGGGCCAAUUUUGUGUCUUCAGUGUAAAUGGAAAGCUGCUGACCAAGAUGGAGACUGAGGAUUCUGCAAAGGCUAUGUUGCUGAGUCGUGAUGGGCAGUACCUUAUCACUGGCGGAGAUAGCGGAAUAGUGGCUGUGUGGCAGGUUUGGGACCUCAAACAGCUGAUGACCUACCCGGGCUGUGAUGCUGGUAUUAGGGCCAUGGCCAUGUCUCAUGACCAAAGGGUCAUCAUUACAGGUAUGGCAUCUGGAAGCAUAGUACUGUUUUACAUUGAUUUUAAUCGAUGGCAUCACGAGUAUCAAACCAGAUACUAAUGGUGUGUUCAAGGCACAGAGAUGCACUGCCAUGUGCUGGAAUCAUGAGAUUAUGAUCUGGAAGAGCAUUCAGCCAUCGUUGGUGCAUUGAGAGUUUUUAAUCAAUGUAGUCAUUCAAUCCUGCCACUGUAUAUAUAGGCAUUCAUCCAUAUGAAGAAGCAACAAAUCUGAAUGUAACCUAAAAGUCUCCAGGAAAGCAGAGUAUUUUGAAAUGCUUACUGCUAUUUUUGUAGAAUAUAAGGAAUUUGACAUAUCAUUAGUAGAACACCAGAGCAUAUAAAUCUGAUUCAGAAAUACAAAACGUCUAUUUUUAGGAGGAAUAAAUCUUUACAUAAUUCUUUAUAAACCUCUCAUUCAUAAGAAAUAUAAUGACUAUUUCUUUACCUUCAUCUCUGUAAGAAGAAUAAGUGACUGAUUUAAAAGAAUGUAAAACAGAAAUUUUAAUCAGAUGUUCAUAAUUAUGUUAGAACUAAGCAAUAUAUUUACACCUGUGAUUUAUUGCAUAUAUAGAGAUCAAAUUUUAAAAAUGUUUCUUUUUGGGGAGAAGGUUUGCACGUGGGGGUGUACAAAUCAUUUCUAAGGCAUGGUUCUUUACUGUAUUUUUUCAUUAAUGUUAUGGUAGCUUAGCACUGAUAUUACUGGGAACAAAGAGCAAUAUUUAAAUUAUGACCUAGGAUUUUUUAACUUUAUAACAGUCAAUCAGAUACUAUAUUCUUGUCAUUGGCAUGCUGCUGGGCUGGAAAAGGGAUCUUUCCUCAGAGUUCAGGUAAACAGUAAAUCAAUCCAGUGUAACAAGUUUUGUCUGUUCUACAUUAGUGUGCGUGCAUUUUCAGAGAAUUAUGUCCAUUAUUUUCAUUUCUAUAGCCUUUGUUAAACACAUUUGUAACCCUGACCUUGUUAUUCAACAUUGAAUUCUGAUAACUCUUUGUAACUGUGAAUUCUGUUUGGGUUUCUGUCCUGCUUGUUGUUGUGUGUGUGAAAUCCUACUAUUGGGAUGUUGUGGUCAGGCUACAAACUUUCAGAAACUAGACUGCUGAAAACAUUCCACCUUGCUGAGCGAAUGUUUGCUCAAUAUGGAUCUUACUGGUGCCUAAUGGCGCAUUAGUAACCUGCCAGAGGGACCAAGUUACUGUAUUUCAAAACCCCACUCAGAAAUGCUUUUUGGUGAUGAUUUGGAAUGAGGUUAUUCCAGUUUGUGUAAUGAAAUCAAAAAUAAAGUUCACUUGUAUCUUGA